AUCCUUCCAUCAGCAGCUGGACUGUCUCCACUCCACAUCUCUCCAAGCCGAGCCUACUCCCUCCUCGCCAGAAUAGCCAAUGAGUUUCGGCAGAGGAGGAGGGAAAAAAAAAAUCAGGCAGUGUGUUAUGGCAGCGCAUUAAACAAGAGUGUCCAAGAGUAAAGAAGAACGACAGGUAGGAAGAAUUUGAUCUAGGCUACUAAAAGCAACUUCAUGACCUGUCUCUCGUCGCCACCGAGUCAGAAGGGCCUGUCUCCUGUGAGCGUGCCACGUCUUCACUGAGAUCCCUCAGCCGUCUGCUAGAUUUUCCUUCAUCCUUCGGAGAAACCAGCAGCCUCCCACCGUACCUCUUCUUUCCCUGAGCCACGAUGAAUGAUGUUCAGGAGGCCACCUCCCCUGCGACCAGCCUCAGCGGUCCAGCUACCUGUGUCUCCAAAGUAGAGCUGCGUGUGUCUUGCAAAGCUCUGUUGGAUCGAGACACGCUUAAUAAGUCUGACCCCUGCGUCAUUCUGAUGGUACAGACCAAUGGACAGUGGACCGAGCUGGACAGGACAGAAGUCAUCAAGAGCAACUUGCACCCAGUCUUUGGAAAGGUUUUCUCCCUGGAUUAUUACUUUGAGGAGGUUCAGAAGCUGCGAUUCGAGGUCUACGACAUCCAUGGCACUCACAGCAUUGGGACCCGUGACGAUGACUUCCUUGGAGGGGUGGAGUGCACUCUCGGCCAGAUUGUGGCUCAAAAGAAGAUGGUGAAGCCUUUGUUGCUGAAGUACGGGAAAUAUGCCGGCAAAUCCACCAUCACAGUGCAUGCUGAGGAAAUUUCUGGCAACAACGGAUAUGUAGAGCUCUCCUUCUGUGCCAAGAAGCUUGACGAUAAGGAUCUCUUCAGCAAGUCAGACCCCUUUUUGGAAAUAUAUCGAAUCAAUGACGAUCAAACCGAACAGCUUGUGCACAGAACUGAGGUGAUCAAAAACAACCUGAAUCCAGUGUGGGAGCCCUUCAAAGUGUCUCUCAUAUCUCUGUGCAGCUGUGACGAAGAUCGAAAGCUUAAGUGCCUAGUGUGGGAUUAUGACUCCAGGGGGAAGCACGACUUCAUCGGCGAGUUCUAUGCCACUUUCAGAGAAAUGCAGAAAAUUUCCAGUGGAAAUAAGGUGUCGUGGGAUUGUGUGAAUCCAAAGUACAAACAGAAGAAGAGAAACUAUAAAAAUUCGGGAGUUGUCAUUCUCUCUGACCUUAAGCUCCACAGAGUUUACUCCUUCUUAGAUUACAUCAUGGGAGGAUGCCAAAUUCACUUUACGGUUGCCAUUGACUUCACAGCCUCCAAUGGAGACCCCAGGAACAGCUGCUCAUUGCACUACAUCAACCCUUACCAGCCCAACGAGUACCUGAAGGCUCUGAUAGCAGUAGGGGAAAUCUGUCAAGACUAUGAUAGUGACAAACGAUUCUCAGCUUUGGGGUUUGGUGCCAGAAUCCCUCCAAAUUAUGAGGUGUCCCAUGACUUUGCCAUUAAUUUCAACCCAGAAGAUGAUGAAUGUGAAGAGAUCCAAGGAGUGGUUGAAGCAUAUCAGAAUUGCCUUCCUAAGAUCCAGCUGUACGGCCCAACAAACGUUUCUCCAAUCAUUAACAGGAUAGCCAAGCUGGCAGCUGGUGAUGGCAAUAUUAAAGAUGCGUCUCGAUACCACAUCUUGCUCAUCCUCACGGAUGGUGUAGUGACAGACAUGGCAGACACCCGUGAAGCCAUUGUACGAGGCUCUUACCAGCCCCUCUCCAUUAUCAUUGUCGGUGUGGGCAAUGCAGACUUCACAGACAUGCAGAUUUUGGAUGGAGAUGACGGAGUCCUACGCUCACCAAAGGGCGAGCCGGUCCUCAGGGACAUUGUACAAUUUGUGCCCUUCAGAGACUUCAAAACGGCUUCACCAGCAGCCCUGGCCAAAUGUGUCCUGGCAGAGGUGCCCAAGCAAGUUGUGGAGUACUACAGCCACAAGGCCAUCUCCCCUAUGUGUCCUGUUAGGGACUUGUCAACCCCCAUCCUCACCCCAGUUGCCACCACCCCAACAGAAUAACCACCCACCCUGACCUCGUGACCAAGCUUCGACCGCAGCAUCAGUGUGGCAAACUGAGAGAAAGAGGACGCAUGCCUCACUACUUUGGACAAGAACUAAAGAGAAAAUCCUUCUAAAUGUGUUGUUAGUAUGUAUUUCAUUUUUUCACCCAAAGCAAAGUGUUUACACGCAAGGACGACCGAGAUCGGGGGUAAUAUUUAUCUGCUCAGUGUGGCUCAAGCUCUUUUCUCUGGCUGUGCAAAUUGACCAUCCAGCUGUUUCAGCAUCGUCAAGAAAGAUUGUGUAUUUUUUUUAAUUGCCAUUAUUUUUUAUGCAUGCAGACCAAUUCCUCAGUGCUGAUCCACUGAUCGAAGACAGGCUUAUUAUUCUUUAUUACAUAACUGCCCUGACUACAACUGUAAGAACUGUGAAUGACACCCCUUAUCAGACAACAGAAAAACAAUCAAUACUGCAUGUGGUUUGCAGUUUUAACUAUGUACAGGUUGCCAUUGAUGUAUUUUGUGUAUAAUAAUUAUCUAAAAAACAAAAUUAAUCGAUUUCCACAUAAUAAGGUAAACCCAAUGAGAAAACAGCUGUACGGGUGUUUAUCUUUCACCACCUCCUACUUGUUUACCUUGAAUAUCUGUGAAACUUGAGAUGACAUAAAGCUAUAGCACCUGCGAUAUUUGCUAAUGCUUCGGCUCUUUAUAUGCUUUUCCAUUUAGCAUAUGUGUGUCACCUCAUUGUAACAAAAGAUUGUAAAGGACUGCCUUCUCUGAGGCUAGCUGUGAACAACUUGGAAUGACGUUUCUCUCAGGGGGAUGUCAGCUAUGAAAAUCCUGCUUCAUACCUAGUGAAUCCUUCCGCUCUGAAUUGUCCUUUGUUAUUGUCGUCCCGUAAGUCAAUCAUUCUUCAGGUUUCCACAGGAAAUUUCAGUUUCCUGUUUAUUGCUUUUUAUAUGCUCUAUAAUUCCACUCUAUGUUUAAUUAGACGUUUAACUGGAAAGAAGUUUGAAUCAAUUCAAGACACAAAGCUGAUCGCAGCAAGAACUUUUAUGUUUUCAGUAAUACUCAUGAAGUUCAUUUAUUAACAGAGAUCGUUACUAAAUUUCAUCAUGUAAUAGAAAUUAAAUAGAAACCCCUGUUGCUCUGUUGAGCUUUACGAUGUUGACCAUAUUCAUUAAGUUAAAUGCUUACCUACACUCCAGAGGCUGUCUCUUCAUAUUGUUCAGAGUGAAAAAGUAAAGAAUCUUAUAAACAGCAGUGUGAUAUUUUGGCCUCAGUAUUUUUUUUUUAAUAAUAUUUCAGGCGGGAUUUAUCACUGUAAGCCUUUUCAUCUGUUUGAGAUCAUUGUAAAUAUCUGGAUGAAUCCUGACAUUUAACUAAAAAGGGGGUGUCAGAGUGGCAGUUAAUCCAAGGACAGUGCAAAACGUGUUUUAUCAGUUAUAUAAGGGAACCUUGACACCUCAGAAAACAAAAUACAUUUUACUUCAUCAAGCAGAUAUUUUCAAAAUACUGAUUCACUCCAGAUCUAUACCUGACUCAGCUUUUCAAAAAUAUGUAUAUAUAUGUCAUUCUCUGACGUUAACACAAUAAAUUUGGUUUUAUUUGGUUCCCUUAAAUAUAAAACUAAAUUUAAUUGAGUUUUUAAUUGUAUAAUUUAACUAAAGUUCAACAGUGUUACAGAUUUAUGCUGUUGAUAAUGUUCUAAGGUCCAAAGAAAAUGUAACAUUGCCCUGUUUUCAAACUAAACUGCACACGAGAUAUUACUUGAACUGAAUAGUUCAUGAUUUAAUGUUGGCUCUGGUAAUAACCCUAUGCUUUGUAUCUUUGCUUAGUGUCUUAAUGUUUUUGCUUUUGUCUUACAUGGUGUAUUUGUGGGAUGUCUGGUUCUGAAUGGUAAUUCACUUGGACAGAACACUGCCAUUAAAUGUACAGGAAAAAAUAGUCUCUACACUCUCUACAGCUACUCUAACAUUCACAUAUCUACCCCAAGGUACAAAUAAUAAUCUGACUUUGAUUUGUCCUCUAGUGUCUAACCAGCGUUCCCCAGAUGCACACACUAUUGGCUUCCCAUGAAUCCACCCAAGCACAGCUACCUCUGCUGUCGUCUGCUCUCUGAACUCCUUUGAAGCUCUAUUGAGGAUUCUUCUGUCACUGCAGAUCACAGGAUGAGGCCUAUUGAUUCAGCAGGCCCAGAUUUGGAAAUACACUCAUCUAGUCAAACGCAAAUAUUCCUGGAGGGAGCUUGGUCUUAGCUCCACGUCAUUUAACAAGUACUCUGCUGAAAUAAACAACAAUUGACUUUUUUAUUAUCAUUAUUCAUUAAGAAACCUUGUCUUUCCUUUAGGAUUCCUAAUUAGGAUAAAAAAACAGAAGAGCAUCUUCAAAGGAACCAAUCAUGUGCUUUCCCAUGAUACUUAGUGUGACUAAAUAAGGCAAAUAUCACAGAUCUCAGCCAAUAUUUCUGUUCUUUGAUGGUAAAAAAAGCUCACAUAUUAAUAUCUAAUAGGCAUUGGCGCUUCUUCUUCUGUGAUUCGUGCGUUACAUGGCAAUACACUUACCUGAAUCAACUUACUGCCACUGCCUCAGGUUAUGAGCUGCACCGCCUCACACAGUUCAUCGUCCUGUAACUUUGCAUUUUUAUGAAAUGUAACUUUCAUGAGAACAACCCAAAUGUUAUUCCAUGUUAUUUUAAAUUUAUUUUAUUAUCCAAUAAGUAACAUAAAUAUGCCAAAAUAGCUCUCGUGCUCCUCUGAGGUUAUCAACAUAUUUGAUGUCUUUUCGAACUGCACAUUAAACCAUGAUACCUCCACUUAUUUGCCCUAUACAGAUAUCUCUCCACAUUCUUUUUCAAUAAUUUUUAACAUCAUGUUUCAUUGCAAUCAGUCAUGUACGAAAUUCUCACAUUUUUAAAGAAUAUUCCAUAAUUGUGUGCUUGCAGCUCUGUGGUGUCAUCUUCUACGCUCCAAACAUCAGAAAAUUCUCCAUUUAAGUUGUACAUUUUUGUCCUAUAGUGCAAAAGUAAGCUGAAACACUGGAGAUAAUAAGAGCACAGUUCAUGUGGCCGUCUUGCACUGCAGAUUAAAAAAAGCUGGGACGAAUCCACUGAGCUGCUUAUUUCCCCUUAUCUGUACUUGUGCCAUUGUCAGACAAAAUUAACAAGUCCUACAUUUUACACCACAUAAAUGUAUUUGCAAUUUCCCUUACACACACACACCGUUUCUCUCUGUCUUUUACCAGUGUACUAUUAAUCAGACUAAGGUUUGCAGCCCAAAACUCUAAUAUGCAACUGUUGCAACUACAGGCCUUGUGGGUAUAUAAAGCAACCCAUGCAUCAUUAGUAAAUAUUUGAUUUCUUUAAAUGAAAGAAAGGGUUUAUUGCAUGCUUACUUUUAUUGUUAAGGUGUGCUGUGCAGUAAUUCCUUUGGAUUUUAAUCAUAUGCUAAUAUGCAAGCCUGCAUUUGCACAAACAUCUGCUCCUGUACUGUAGUUUUACGCUCUCUGUCUUGCUGUUAGUUAAAUAAAUCUCAUAAUUUGACUGAAACU